UUUCGUCCGCGGUUGACAUAUUUUCAACUUUGCUUACAAAAUGAAGUUUUAUAGCUAGUUUAAUUCCCUGUAAAUAAUAAAUUACACCCACACGACGAUUGUGGGAGUUCGGAGUGCAUUUUGUGUUAGAAAAUUUUUUAAGAAAAAGAGUGUUUUUCGAGUUUUACGGCAGCGAUCGAUGUGGAAUCAAGUUGGAUGAAUAUGGCGACAAACAGAUCGGCUGAACUCGUUGAUGUUGUCCUCGGUCGUUGAUUCCUCGUUGCGUCAUCGUAAUUCAGAAGACGAUGGAAUGGACGGAUCGAGUCCACUCUACCAUCGGUACGGAGAACAAAGCAUCUCUAGUCGAGAAGGAAGCCACCACUCGCAGAAACUGGCUCUCUUCCGACCCAGUGCCGACACCGUAGACCUUGGAUACCACACUCUAGACAACAAUGUAUGCCGCAUACCAUCAUCGCCUUCCACGGCCAUCACCGCCCGGAAACAGCUUUUCCAACAAAGACACAUCUACGCCCUGGGACUUUGCGACCUGGACGACACCCAGCUCCUAAAAAUCUUCAGCUGGCUCUCCACCAGAGAUCGUUGUGCCCUAUCGCAAACAUGCAGACGCCUUUGGGAGAUCGCGUGGCACCCUUCCCUCUGGAAAGAAGUCGAAGUACGUCAUCCGCAAAGCGCUUCCAUCGCUCUGAAUACUCUUGCUCGACGCGGUCUCUACACCUCCAUUCGUCGUCUCGUCCUGGACGGAGCCACAAGCCUCUCAGGAGUCUUCAACUCUCUUCCCUUUUCCAGUCUAACUUCCUUGUCCAUCAGACACUCUAAACGCGUCAGCGACUCAAAUGUAACAACCAUCCUGGACAACUGCAUCCACCUCAAGGAUUUAGAUCUAACAGACUGUGGCAGCAUAACAAAAGCAUACACCAGAAUUGCCGCUUUACAACUCCAGACUCUCGAUCUCAGCGACUGCCACGAAGUCAACGACUCCGGAUUAGUUCUGAGUCUCUCGAGAAUGCCUCAUCUUUCUUGUCUCUACCUUCGAAGGUGCUUUUGCAUCACUGACACGAGUCUCGUAGCUAUCGCCUCGUACUGCGGGGGACUACGACAAUUAUCCGUUUCAGAUUGUGCGAGAAUCACGGACUUUGGAGUUCGAGAACUCGCCGCGUGUCUGGGACCAUCGUUGCGAUACUUUUCCGUGGGGAAAUGCGAUCAAGUAUCGGAUGCGGGCCUUUUGGUUGUCGCUAGACACUGUUACAAGUUGAGAUAUUUGAACGCACGAGGGUGCGAGGCUCUCAGCGAUAGCGCUACUGUAGCUUUAGCUCGGGGAUGUCCAAGAAUUAGAGCCCUGGACUUAGGAAAAUGCGACAUUGGAGACGCCACCCUGGAAGCUCUCUCGACAGGGUGUCCCAAUUUGAAGAAACUUUCGCUCUGUGGAUGCGAAAGAAUCUCGGACACGGGACUUGAGGCGCUUGCUUAUUAUGUCAGGGGCCUUCAGCAACUUAAUAUUGGCGAGUGCCCUCGGGUCACGUGGGUGGGAUAUCGAGCCGUUAAACGAUACUGUCGAAGAUGCGUAAUUGAACAUACUAAUCCUGGAUUCUCCAGCUGAUAAGAUCUGAUGUGUUUUUUUUUUUUAAAUUGAAUUAGUUUUUAUUAAUUAGGAAUCAUUUUUGUUGGACAGAUGUUUAGGAUGAUUUUCUAACGUUCAGGUAAAUUUGAUUAAAAAUAACAAAGUUUGGAUCUAAACUUCGUGAUUAAGGACAAUUUAGGGAAACCGAUACCUCUAUCACUCUGUAAAAAUAAAAUCUCUUUAAAACGAACAGUCUGACGUUGGUCGUUUAAAAUAAUUAAUCGGUUUUUUUUCGUUGUCCCCUCGUUUUAAGACAAGUGCGGCAAACAGCAGACAGAUUUAGCCAAUAUUUAGUAUUUUAUUUCGAAGUGUCUAAGCUCAUCGAAAAGAUUUGUGCUGUACUUGCCGAAUUACGGUCUACCUAGAAACGACCUCUAUUUAUAAUUAUUUCCAAUUUAUUCGACUUUCCUUCAAUUCUUUUAAAUGCUUUGAAUGCCUUUAAGCUAUUUUAGAUUCUUGUAACUUCCAUGAAAUUCUUCCAAAUUCCUUAUAUUCUUGAAUACCUUAAAUUCAUUGCAUUUAUUAAAUUCGUGGAAUCAGGGUGUCUACUGAAAUUGUGGAAAAAAUUCCAUGUUUUUUCCCAGGUAUCUCAAGUUUUUUCCAUGCAUAAUUUUUUCAAGUAUAUUAUAAAUAA